ACAUGACAUUUCAUCGCUUUUGUUUCUUUUGUUGACGACAAACUCGCAUUUAUCCAUUAUUUCGUUUCCUACGCGUUAAUUGGUUAUUAAUUAAGUAAUUCGGUGUAUUGUGCGAUGGCAGCCAGCGGGCCCGGUCCGCCGGGCGACGGGGUGGUGCGGAGCAGCGCGCUGAGCUUCCUUGCGCAGGCGCAGGGCCUGGGCACAGGCGAGUCCUCCAACAGCCAGGAGGCUGAACAGGCUGCUGCUCAAGCUGAUAGACUGGUCCCAGCCGGACUUAAAGCUCUGUGUGAUGCAUGCUCCGAACUGUACCCUGACCAGCCUAAUCCACUACAGGUCACCACACGCUUAAAAUAUUGGUUGGGUGGUGAGGACCCGUUGGACUACAUCAGCAUGUACUGGCACCCCGGAGUACCCGAGGAGCAAGUGCCUCCGCACUGGCACUAUGUCAGCUUCGGUCUCUCAGACCUGCACGGAGACGGGCGCGUGCACCCGGUCCCCGGGACGGACCGCUCGCAGCCCUCGGGGUACGGGCUGGAGCUGACCUUCCGCCUGGCCGCGCCGGCCGCCGGGGCUCCGCCGCCGCUGUGGCCCGCUGCACUGCUGCAGGCGCUCGCUAGAUACAUCUUCAGCACGGGCAACAAGUUUGUGUCAGGCGACCACGUGUCUUGGCACGCGCCGUUAGACGCGAGCGCGUCGCGCGUGCGCCAUCUACUCGUGGCCGAGGACGCUCGUCUGCGCACUACCGACACGCCGUACGGACGAGUCAACUUUCUGCAGUUGGUGGGGUGCACGGGGCGCGAGCUGCGCGCGGCGCAGCGCAGCUCCGGCUUCGAGGUGCUCAAACUGUUACAAGAAGACCCCAGUUGCGGCGGCAGCUGGCUGGUGACGCACGUGUCGCGCCGCACGUCCGCGCGGAAGGUGCGAGUCGCGCGACUAAUCCGGAGCCCGGCGCACCUGGCCGGCGUGUCGGCCAGGGUCACCGCGCUGCCGUGGACACCAAGCAAGGAGCAAGAGUCGGGCGCCCUGUCCCCGCGCGUCGAGCAACAGAUCAAGGACACCCUCAAGCGGGGGCUCAGCUCCAUGUCUGACAGACCCACUGAAGUGUCGGGACAUAUGUCGACAGACAGUUUCGAAAUGUCGAGCAUAGAGAAAGCGCUGCCGGAGAUACCCGAACUCAUGCAGGGGUCGUGGCGUGGCGAGGAGCGUGUGGAGUAUCUGGAGGGAGUGCAUCUCAUCAUGAACCCUGAAGCGGCUAGCUUGCUGCCUCUCGCCAUAGACGGGCGCGUGCUGCACGACCGGCACUUCACUUGGCGCGACGGGUCGCGCGCGGUCACCGUGCUGUCGCCGCGCGUGGCCGGCGCCUGCGUCACGGGCCCCAAGCCCUACGGCUACCGGGGAGACUGGCUGCAGAUCCUGCUGUCACCCGAGCUCGCCAAACUCGUGUCUGCCUCCGUCGCCCCGCUCUCCCGACUGGCGGAUGACUCGGAGUCAGACGAGGACGACACGCCGCCGGCGCCAUCGUUGCCUCUCACUCUCGCAUGGCCCGAACACGGACUUAAGAUAUCAGUGUUGUAUGAUCAGCAGUUGUUAUAGCACCAAUAACUA